UCUCUCCUUCCUUCAUUUUAAUAUAUUCUCUUCUGUAUUUUCUCCUUCUCUAUUCUCCGAUUUGAUCCAACUCUCCACAGAUCUCGUUUUCUUCCCUUCUAAUGGCAUCAAACGGCGAGAAAGGACUGAUCGUUAGCUUCGGCGAGAUGCUGAUCGAUUUCGUCCCAACCGAAUCCGGAGUCUCCCUCGCCGAGGCUCCUGGAUUCCUCAAAGCUCCAGGCGGUGCUCCUGCAAACGUCGCCAUCGCCGUUUCUCGUCUCGGUGGACGUUCCGCCUUCGUCGGAAAACUUGGAGACGACGAGUUCGGCCAUAUGCUCGCUGGGAUUCUGAGGAAAAACGGCGUCGCUGAUCAGGGGAUCAAUUUCGACAAAGGAGCCAGGACCGCCCUCGCCUUCGUCACGUUACGUGCCGACGGAGAUCGGGAGUUUAUGUUUUACCGGAAUCCCAGCGCCGAUAUGCUCCUCCGCCCUGACGAACUCAACCUCGAGCUCAUCAGAUCCGCCAAAGUGUUUCAUUAUGGAUCAAUAAGCUUAAUAGUGGAGCCAUGUAGGUCGGCUCACUUGAAGGCAAUGGAAGUGGCGAAAGAAGCAGGAGCUCUUCUUUCAUACGACCCAAACCUAAGGGAACCUCUGUGGCCAUCAAAGGAAGAAGCCAAGACACAGAUCAUGAGCAUCUGGGACAAAGCUGAGAUCAUCAAGGUAAGCGACGUUGAGCUGGAGUUUCUAACUGGAAGCAACAAGAUCGAUGAUGAGACCGCAUUGUCCUUGUGGCAUCCCAACUUGAAGCUCUUGCUCGUCACCCUCGGUGAAAAGGGAUGUCGGUAUUACGCCAAGAACUUCCGUGGAUCCGUCGACCCUUUCCAUGUGGACGCCGUGGAUACAACCGGAGCUGGAGAUUCCUUUGUUGGUGCCCUUCUAAACAAGAUUGCCGAUGAUCAAUCCAUUCUCGAGGACGAAGAGAGAUUGAGAAAAGUGCUGAGAUUCGCAAACGCUUGUGGAGCAAUCACCACGACCAAAAAAGGAGCCAUUCCUGCUCUUCCCUCGGAGGCUGAAGUUGUCAGCUUUCUCGAAGGCAAAUAGAAACAAAAGCCAACGCAAAGCCUUUAUUAUCACGUAAUUUGUUUUCUUUCACGGCUCUCUUCUCUCUUCUGUAUUCUUGUUUCCGGAUGAGAGAAACGAAUUGGGGGCAUUGCGCUCUGUUUUUUGUUUCUCCUUCUUCAAAAUGUAAUGAUUUAAAAAAGACUCUAUGUUUCAAUUCAAGGCAUCACUUGCUAAUAAAACGAGAAGAUUGUU